GUGGGAGCAGUACCCUCCCCAGCCCGCGGGCAGAUCAGUCAGUGACAGUGAGGAGCUGGAUCUGAUCCGGGUUUGCUGGGCGGGAGGGAGAUGGUCCAGCAGCUGCUUUGGGCUGUGUCUCUGUACAAAUAACCCCCAGACCUCUCCUUCCUCCCCAGUGCUUUAUUCCCAGGGGGGUUGUUGUCAUUACCAAUGACCAGAAAUGUGUACCAAAUAAAUUACUCGUCAUCUACCCAGUGGAGCUGAGCCCCUGUGUAAAGUUGGAAGGGAAAAGUCAUGGUGCAUCUCUCAUCGAUCCUGCUGAAACAUUAUCAACGGGGCUUUGUGUGUAUCCGAAUGGCUCUGGGUGGCUGCACUAACCGACCCUUCUACAAGAUUGUGGCUGCACAUAAUAAACGGGCCCGGGAUGGGAAAUACCUGGAGCAGCUGGGAUCUUAUGAUCCCCUGCCCAACACCUUCAACGAGAAGUUGGUCAGUUUGAACUUUGAGAGGAUCAAGUAUUGGCUAGCCUGUGGGGCACACAUGACGAAGCCAGUGGAGAAGCUGCUAGGUCUGUCCGGAUUUUUCCCUCUGCACCCCAUGACAGUGACCGGGGCAGAGAGAUUUCACAAGAAGCAGGCACUAGUGGCCCAAGCUGAGCCGGAGGAAGAGCCUGUGGAAGCUGCAGGAGAUGAACAGCUGAGCGCCUGAUUCCAUAGUUCAUAGUGCAACCCCCAGAGAUGGACAUUAACAGCCACCAAUGCUUCAUUGAGUGUCAUCUGUAAUAAGCAUAGGAGGUGCGCUCUGCCUGUUUUGGGCCGGUAUCUACAAGACAGCAAACGUAUUGUAAUGGGACUCAAUUACUGUUUUACUAACAGAAUGUUGUAAAGAGCACACUUAAAACCAGUGUCCUUUAAUAUUGUGUAGCUCCCAGUCUCAACCUCGUGUUAGACAGCUCAGGUACAGCCCAAGUUAGGAAGGGUAGGAUUUACAGCUGUGUCUUCCUCUUAGAUCAAGUGAGCAUGGUGAUUGUCCCUCAAACCCACCGUUAUAGGUUACUGGAUGCCAGUGAGACCAGUCAUUCAUUGUGAUUCCCAACUUAACAUUCAGUUCCUGCUGUUCUUAAACCCCUGAAGUAUUGCAAUUGUUUCUGUUCACCCUCCAAUCCUUCCCCUGUACCUGAACCUCCAUCCCAGCGUCCUCUUCCUCAGCUGCAGAUCAUCCCGGGUCUAAACCGUAUCAAGGCAAUAUACAGACUUACAUGGUAUAUACAGCACACAAACAGGCCAUUCAGCCCAAUAUGCCUAUGCCCAUUAUGUUUAUGCUCCACACCAGCCUCCCACCACCUCUUUUCAUUCAAACCCAAUCAGAAUAUUCUUCUAGUCCUUGCUUCCUCCCUCAUUUAUCCAGCUUCCCCUUAAAUGCAUCCCAGCGUUGUCCCUAAGCGUGAAAUUCCAGCCUCUUUGAUCCAGCCACUCUCCAAGAAUGGGCAGUGCCUAGUAUAGCCCAAUGGUGGGUGUGGUGUGUGGCAGAUUGCCUUGUGUGGUGAGAUGGGGCUGUCACCAAUCUCUCCUAUGGUCAAAAAAAAACAAAAAAACUGCGGAUGCUGGAAAUCCAAAACAAAAACAGAAUUACCU